CCUUGAAGUAGUUGUCAGCCGGGCUAUUCGAAAAAUCCGAAAUCUCCCGCCCUGAUCCCACUGAAGAUUCAGCAGUGGCUGUUCCAUCUUUGGAGCCAUGGAAAUGGUGCACACCGCCAUCGGCGUAGCAGGCGUAGUGGCCCUCCUUAUGGUGGUGACGUCUUCGGCAAGGCAAGUGGGUGGCUUGUUGUUGGACCAAUCCCGUGACCCAAUCUGCGAACUAGUGUCUCGCGGUGGUCCAGUGGUGGAUCAGUUGACGGCCGUUGAGGGAGAAACUCCUCUGGUGGAGGGUGAUCGUAUGGAUGGCGCCUGCUCCGUGGUCCAAAGUUUUGGAGGUAAGGUAGGUGCCUUCGUGGGACCAUUGUUGCCCAAUUUAGGGAGCUGUCGGAAAUCCGGAGAUUCCCCGAAAGAAGAGGAAAACGACAAUAAGGACUCGGAACCGGCACCUGCAAAACAAGAAACACCACCUGAAGCUGAUCCACCGGCUGAGGAUCCACCGGAGGAGUAA